GGCUCCCCGUCCUUUCUCUCGUUCAUUCAUUCUUUCACUCGUUGAUUCAUUCGUUCAGUGGUCCCGGCAACCGGCAUUCGGGGAAGUGUCAGGACCCGGUGCGCUAGGGGGCCCCCAGAGCCGGGUGGAGGCCGGGCGAGGGUCCAGACACCCAGACACCCAGACACCCAGACACCCCAGUGCAGCGGCACGGGAAAAGCAGUGCUGCUCUAUCGAGCCGCGGGCAUCGGAGUCCUAGCCGGAGUCACGGCGCGCGUGCCGGGCAUGUGGCGGGGUCUGGACUGUGGGAACGUCCGCCGGCCUCGUUGACCUUGACCCGCACAAAUCCCACAGUCCCGGCGUCGAGCCCAGCAGAGGGCACUCACCACGCGCGCUCCUCAUUUCCUCUCCCCCUUGAUUCAUCCCUUCCUCGCUUCACCCACCUCUUUCCCUGUCCUCCCUUGUGCUUCCUGCUCCCCGGCUGGCCUUGGACCCGCUCCCCAGGCAGGUCUACGGGUGACUGUCAGCGUGGCCCGGCGGCCGCUGGGGAUUUUGCCAGUAGGGUGCCUGUUUAAAGGCUGCUGCCCACACAUCUGCUACGCAGGAAAGCCUUCUCCUGAGAAAUCUGCAGCGCUGACAACCACUGCACUCCUCAGUGGUUGCCCUCUGCCCGCCACCCCAUUAUUCUCUGCCUUUGUCCCUCCAACCCCACUCCACCCCACCACCCAGUCUUACCCAGAUCCACAACAUUUUCUCCCUUCACACAGCACUCAGUGUAAGUCCAGCUCUUUCUGCUGACCUGCAUUUCAGCUGCUUGUCGGACUUCUUUGUGGGUGUCCAGUAGGCAUGUCUUGAAUUGUGUGGUCCUUUCCCUGCUCAUCCAUCCAUCCAUCCAUCCGUCCGUCCAUCCAUCCAUCAUCCAUCCCCAGGUCCUCCGAGGGCCUGCCCUGGCUCAGCCCUGGAGGGCUGCAGUAACAGGACAGACUCGGUCAUGGCCUUUGAGACCAGGUGGUCAUUUUAAAGAAGGUGCCCCGAGAUUCUAUCACACAGGACCCUGCUCUGGGCCAUCAGGAAAGGCCUGAGGGUGGCCAGGACUGAGGGUGGGGGGAGGUCCCUUUAGCACCAGCACGGGAUAAACAGUGCAGGUGUUCCCCACCUGCCGUCCUCCUCCAGUCAGGGACCUGAGCUGGCCCUGCUGCCUUUGCCUCUUACCUGGGCAUCUUUCCUGACGAGCUUCAGAAGACACCGCUUUGUGCAGGUGACUUUGGCACCAAGAUGCCUGACUGAGUCCAACAUCUUUAGCCUGACCUUCAAGGCCUGUCAUACCCUAUAUUACGCCUCCCUUCUCAGCAUCAACUCAGCCAAGGGGCUGCUGGCCUGGUUUUCUGCGCCUUCACCCCUAAGGACUGAGAUACGCUCCCCUCGGAAGCACUGGGUCCCUGUGGUAGCCAUUAGGGGACGGGGGAGAGUGGUUGCCAAUGGCAAAUAAUCUAAAAAUGUUUCUCCUUCAGGUGGUUUAAUAGAAGUCUGCUUCCCCCCAGUGAGAAUUCAUGUUGCAAAAGGUCACUGGCUUAUUGAACAGUAGGUCACAAGGUCAUAUCCCACUGGAGAGGCUGGAAUAUUAAUCAGGCCUAAAGGGUAGGUGGCAUUUUGGCCCCACCAGUGCCUGGUCAGUGGCACCUUGGGCCAGCGGGGCACAGCUGCCUGGCCUCUCCCAGCUCUGCAUUUUACUAAUGGAUCCAGGCUUGGGCAUAUUACUUAAUGCCAGUUUCCUCACCUGUACAACUGGCAUCAUGAUAGUCUUCCUCCCGGCAUCAUCAUGGCAAGUCAGACAUCUGUUGAAUUAGGUUUGGGGCCUUGUCUCUAGAGUCCAAAUGAGUUAUUUACAAUCAUCCCCACCCCAAGAAAGCUGAUUCUGCAUCCCGGCGAGCUUAGAUGACUUAGCCCAGGGCCACGCUGGCCCUGCCGGGGCGGGGGGUGGGGGUGGUGGGGAGAUGGCAGGUGGGUCCUGCACAGUGGCCCCCUGGGGGCAGCGUCAUCCUGCUCAGCCAUGCCUCUCCUCUGCCUUCUCUGUCCUGUGGCAGCUUCCUCUUCGCUGCACCCAGCGGAUGUUUGCCUCGCAGACUGACGGGGAGCUCAAAGUAACCCAAAUCCUCAAAGAAAGCUUUCCUCGAGCUACAACUAUCAAAGUCACUGACAUUUCAGGAGGCUGUGGGGCGAUGUAUGAAAUCCAAAUCGAGUCAGAAGAAUUUAAGGAGAAGAGGACUGUCCAGCAGCACCAGAUGGUAAAUCAGGCCCUAAAGGAAGAAAUCAAAGGAAUGCACGGAUUGCGGAUAUUUACCUCUGUCCCCAAACACUGACCACACCCCGGCUGCAUAGAUGCUGCUGCUUAAAACCUUGGAUGAACUUGACUAUUCUUUCCUAGGCAUUUGCCAAAAAAUUUAUCUAUUUUGUUCAUAGACAUUUCCAUGUUAUAAUUAUAGAAGAAUAAUGUUAUCUAUUUAGAUGUUAAUUAAAGGCAACAGAUAACUGAG